AUGCCGUCCUUCCGCGAGUCGUGGUCCCACGCGACGCCGUAUCUCGCCUUUUGUGUGUUUACAUUCGCCUGCGGCGACCUCAUCUUCGGGACCGACACCUCCACGUUCGGCUCGCUCCAAGCCCUCCCGUCGUGGCUCAACACAUUUGGCACGCCCGGCCCGAACGGGACAAAGAUCCUCACGACGUACCAGAAAUCCAUUGCGAACUCUGUCAUCUUUGUCGGGCGUAUCGUCGGCACGACGACAUUCGAGCCUGUUGCUGAGCGGUUCGGGUACAAGCCUAUGCUUUAUGGCGUUGCGCUGUUGCAGAUCUUGGCGGUUAUUGUCCAGCUCACGUCCCACACAUGGAUCGUCUUCACGGUCGGGCGCGUGUUCGCGUACCUCGCAGUAGGCUACAUUGAGAACCUAGUGCCCAUGUACAGUGCCGAGAUCGCGCCGCCGGCCUUGCGCGGCUUCUGCGCGGGUCUCCUGACGCCAGUCAUCACCCUCUCGUCCGUGUGGGGCGCCGGCAUGUGCCAGGCCUACGCCAAAGAGACGCGCAAGAUCGGGUGGAUGGUGCCCAUCGGAGUCCAGAUGAUUCCCGCCGUCAUCAUCCUCUUCCUCACCCCGCUCACGGUCGAGUCGCCGCGCUGGCUCGUCGCGCACGGGAAGAGCGAGCUGGCGCUCAAGAACCUCCGCCGGCUGCGCCGACGCGUCGACGUAGACAACGGGCUGUGCGAGGCGGAGAUUGCCGCGCUCGAAAAGGUCAUCGAGCACGAGCGCAGCCUGUCGUCCGCGCGCUGGCGGGACCUGUUCACUAACCCCUCGUACCGGCGGCGCGCGAUCAUCUCGCCCUUGCUAUUCUGGUUCUACCAGACGACGGGGAACAGCUUCUACAACGCGUAUGGCCCGUCCUUCUUCAAGGAGAUCGGGCUGGGCUCAAAGUCUUUCACGUACGCCACCGUCGUGCAGCUCGUCGGCGCCGUCGGCUCCGCCAUCGCAAUCUUCCUCACGGACCGCGUGGGCCGGCGCCCGCUCAUCAUCACGGGCGCGUGUGGGUUGAUUUUGUUUGAUUUCUUGAUUGCAGGCCUGGGCGGCAGCGCGCCGCGCACGACGACGAACAACAAUGUCGUGGUCGCCAGCUUCAUCCUUAUGAUCUUCUCCACCAAGGUGUCGUGGGCGACGCACUGUUUCCUCGUCGCCUCGGAACUCGGCGGCCUCCGCAUGCGCAAGAAGGUCAUGAUGGUCGGCACGACGAUGGACGUCUUCUCCAACUGGCUCGUGUCCUUCACGUCGCCGUACAUCAUGAACAAGCCGUACGGCGGGAUUGGGGGCAAGAUCGGCUACAUCUUUGGCGGCAUGGCGGUGCUGUCGUUUCUGUUCGCCAUCUUCGUCGUGCCCGAGCUGCGCGGGCGUGGACUCGAGGAGGUCGACGAGCUGUUCGAGCACCCGCACUGGGGGUGGCAGUACAAGCACAUCCAGACGACUGGGAUGGGCGCGCAGAUCGCGCGUAUCCAGGGUGGAGACGUCACUGCCGCGCAGGGGGGCAAGCUGGGUGACGGGGAGGGUGCGGAGGAUGUCAAGGACGACGUCCAGCACAUCGAGAAGGUGUAG